AUGAAUGGAGGAACGCCGAAAGCAUCAUCAGAACGACAUGCUCGUCCUCAGGUGCCCAGUGCAGACAGCCUGGAAAUCUGGCAGCCCAUUCCAAUUCUGCAGCCUGAUACAGAAGGGCGCCUUGCGACGUCAGUUGAGCGGCUCUUUGACGGGCUUUUGGGAAUUGCUAUGCGGUGUUUUGACGGAAAGGAGUCCUCGGCACGUGCGAGGUUGCUUGCGGUAGUGCAGAAGAUUAUCAACACACGGCACCGAGUCACGUGCCUGCGUUGUGUUAUGAGCUUGCUGCUAGCACCGAGAGCUCGAGACAUGGAGGCAGAACUGGAGGAGCUGGCACAGAGCAAGAGUCAUCGGAGGCAACAGGUCAAGCGCUUCUUCGAAAACUACCGUCCUCCGCAGACCUCCCGCGAGGUUCCCGUGGGGCAAGUAACUGAAGAUAUCACAAAGAAUUCUGCAGCCUUGCUGGAGACGCAGUGCAAAUUUUGGCAUGUCGCUGAUGUCGCAGCCGGGAAGUCUAAGACAAACUUGGACCCUCUCUCGGCACAAGACUCUUCGAAAGGUCAAACGCAAGCGAAAGCAUUGCACCCAAAACCCGACACUUGGAUUGUUCGAGGAGCACGUGAGCGCAAGCCACAACGUUGGACAUUGGCCGAACGCUUUCGACAGGAAGUGUCAGACAGUGCUAGCAAUCAGUGGGAUGUGCGGCGCACCAGUAGCCUCAUCAAGCCAGCUUUGCCAUCGGCAUUGAAGACCUCGAAAUCAAGCAAAGUACUCAAGCAUGUACAAUUGAGUGGACUUGGCGAGAAGUCGGUAUCUGCGCCCUCUCUGCACACCCGAUAUGGAGGCUGUGGCAAGGAUCUCCAGUCUGUAAGUGCGGGCAGCGAUGCUUUCUCCAGAAACCCGGUCAUGGCCAUGACCUUUAAGGAAAGUUGGAAAGCCGAAGCAAAGGACAAGCAAAAGAAAGGUUCCGAAUCAGCGAUGACAAGGUACAUGACCACAUGUGAGCGAGGAGGCAUCUUGCCAUCACCACUUGAUUUCAUCACAGGUCUGUCUCCGAGCCUCAAUGCUGUGAACUGGGCGCUGGCUGACUGUGAUCUCAUCCCUGUUGCAGCAAUGUUUCGUACCGUGCCCAAAGUUUUGGAAGUGGAUCUCAGUGGCAACACUCUGCUCACUGAUAAGUCCGUGGUUCCUCUUUUACAGAAGAUGAUGAGAAAUCCAGCCUGCAAGACGCUUGCAUCUUUGCGCCUUCGUCAGUGUAUACGACUUGGCCAUCCGUCCGUGGAGCUGCUCGUGAGCCUCAUUGCCAGCCCGCAUGGCCUCAGCACGCUCAAAGUUCUGGACAUGAGUGGCAUUCACCUGCCGGUGAAGUCUCAGUUUGAACUUUGCAAGGCUUUAGGCGAACAUUCAAACUUGGAAAACUUGAUGUUGGCGGACACCGGUCUGGGAAGCAACCCAGCAAUCAAAAAAUGUCUGGAUGUCCUGUUCGGAUGUAGCACCUUGACGGCACUUGAUUUGAGCUGGAACAGUUUCGGAGACGAGGUUUUCGCUUCAAUUGGCACGAAUGUGGCACAUCCACAUGUACAGCUGCGGUCCUUCUCAAUGUCGAGCUGCUCUUCAGCGAGUGAUGCCAGUGCCAGCGUGAUGUUGGAGUCAUUGAGCAAGGCAAGAAGCCUAACGUAUCUGGACGUGUCCAUGAACCGGCUGGACCUGAACGCAGCGCUAGUCCUCGCGGAUGCGCUGUCAGCACAUCCGUGCCUAAAGGAGCUGGAUGUGUCGCGAAAUCCUUUUGGGGCUCCAGGCGCUCAUUUCCUGAUCCGGCUCUUUGCCGUCUCGAAACUGGAGAAGCUGCAUUGCCUAGAAGCUUUUGACAUGGGCGAUGCUUUUCGGCAACAUUUCUUCCAGUUCUGUAACCCGGAAGGGGAAUACGACCUGAACAUGGGACUGCCUCACAGCCGUGCAGUGUUACGUAUUCUUUUGAAGCUGUGCAAGAUGCUCGGGCUGAGUACGAAGCAGGCCUUCACAGAUCUUGCGCUAAGUCAGGGCUGCACGCCUUUGACGGAGGCAGUGGACGAGCAUGGCACAUUCGAGGUUCCCAGCACAGGCCGCAUCAGCUUCGUCUUCAGCACCACCAAGGCGACUGGCCCAGACGUCUACGAGGAGAGCAUGGAGUGCAUCGCGGAGUCGCUACUGCUGCGGGAUGAACAGUGCAAGAUCCGACUGCGGCUUGACAAAGCCGUGCUGCUGAUCCCCGUCUUCGAUGCCUUGCAGGACAAGCUCCCUUUAAUCGACGCACUGGCCAAGAACUUUGUCGUCGAGUAUUCCCACAUUGAGAUGCUUUGCAAGCUCGGCAAAUCCAUGAUGAUUCCGACGAUCAUCCAAAGGUUGCUGCAUGCGUGCUCUGGCGGAAGUGUCGGCCGACACUUGUGCUUGCGGCUCGCGAGCACUCAGGCGCAGUACAGACAGAUACUGCGUCGAGCGAUGCUCUCGCUGACCUUCACUCCAAGCAAUCCGUCGAUGCACUACACGCUUUUCCUAGAAGAGCCUUGUGACUUCCAUGUUGCCGAGUGCAUGCGCAUCCUUGACAGAUGGGAAGCCAGCGCUGCCAUUCGUCGUGGCUUCUUCGAUACCUCGCAGCGUGGUAACCAGUCCCAGGUGCGCAACGAGCGUUAUGAGGGCCGAAGGCCUCUCUUCCGUUCCAUCAUGGACUGGGAACUUCCUUUGAGUGGGAAGCUGGAGUUUGAUUUCGCUGGUGGGCCGCGGACGGCUGCAGGUACUGUUGAAAUGGCUGACCCGAUUUUUGAGGAGUUCUUCACACACUUGCUCACAGCAAAGUGUCGAGCAUCUCAACAGUUUGAAGCACUUCGUGCCGUCUCUCCGUAUAUAUACCUCGCAUCAUCGCAACUGCGUCGGCUGUUGGGAGUGAUAUAUGAUGCAGAGGUGAGGAUGCAUGUCUUCCAUGUGUUCUACUUCAGGUUGACGGACAUUUGGAACGUGAAGGUUUGCAGGGCCCGCUUCUCCAGUGAUGAGUGUUUGCUGCUCAUGAAGAAGCUCGGACCCGUGAAGUUCUUCCCCUACAUCCAGCCGGAGCAGGCCCAGCUCGACCUCGAUUUCUCUGUCCACGAUGAGAAGCUUGCGGUGAAUCUGCUUGUCAUGUUGCAGCAGAAGGAGGGGGCCCUUCUUCUCGAACCCAGGUACAUCCGGGAGGACGGGACCGAAGACAAGCUGGUCACAGGUGUGCCCCGAGCCUGGGCACGGUUUUCCGAUCUGCCUCGGGCGGGGACCUUUGCAGCGAAGUAUUUUGUGGCACCUGAGAAGCGCAACAUGAAGACUCGAAGUGAUUUCCUUGGAGCUUAUGGGCGAUGGCGCACACCUCCCCUCAAGCAAGAGGAUGUAUCCUGGUGGUCCACUCUGUCAGAUGUCAGCCUUGACAUCAUCCGCUUCUUGGAGGUCAUGCGAGAGAAGUACCGUGACAAUCUGAAAGAGGCGUUUCGUGACAUUGAUGGUGGUAGUGCGAACGGUUUGAUCACCUUGAAAGAAUUCGAGGAGUAUUGCGACAGGCUUGAAGAUUCCCGAUUCCGUGACAAUCGCCGCGAACGUUUUCGGGCCAUUUUCCGCUACCUUGACGCAACGCUCGAGGGUUCCAUUUCUGUUGAGGAGUGGCUCCAGCUGGAUACUGUGAAGCGUGAGCUGGACAGACAGACUGGGGAGCUCUAUGAUUUCUUCAUCUGGAGAUACGGCGCGAUUGCCAAGGCCUGGGCUGUCCUGGAGAAGAGCGGAGAUGGAGAGAUGUCUCAGGAGGAGUGGAGCAACGGGCUGAAGGAGUUGGGAUACUUUGGGGCGUCUGUGGAGCUGUACUCCGUUCUGGACACCACCAAUGACGGCACAAUUAGUUUCGAGGAGUUUACUUGCAUUGCCCGGCGCGCCCAAGGCGAGGCUUGA